GUGUGUUUUUUUACUUUUAUUUGUCAACGUCAACCACAAAAUGAAGAAAUAAACGAAAUAGGAUUUUAUUAUUUAUUUCUAUUCGGUCUGUAGAGGACGAAAAAAAUCUAAAGGAAACACAGAAACAUGUUUCAGUUUCAGUUGUCCAAGUAAACAAUCGUACAUUUUUCGAUAAUCAUGUGUAGUUUAAUGUGAUUGUGUUGUUUUUAAACGAUAAAUAAAUAUAAAGUUUGGUGUUAUAAAGAUUUUGUUAAUGCAAUUUUUUCGGAUAUAUUUCUUGAAAACCGAACACCAAAACCUACAGUGACCAUGGAAGGACCGGAAAUAACAUUUUUAUUCCAAUUUGGAAACCUUCGUGAUACAGUAACCUGUGCCUGCAGUGCAAUAACUCUAAAAUCACUGAAAGAUAUGGCGUGCGAAUUUAUUAAUUCUAAGAUUCCUGAAAACGGCCUAAGUCAUUUGCCUGAACGUCUACUUCUGUUUCGUCAUGACUACACCAGCUCCAAUGUAUUACAGUUGGUGAAUGCAGCGUCGGAAAUAACUGACGAAACGCUAAUCGAAAUAGUACUAACCGCAACACCUCUAACCUAUGCAAACAAUCACGAUGACAUACCAACCAUUCGCCCGCACGCAUUGGUAGUCCAUUCAUAUAAGACGCCAACAUUUUGUGAUUAUUGCGGUGAAAUGCUGUUCGGUUUGGUGCGACAGGGACUAAAGUGUGAGGGUUGCAGCCUGAACUAUCACAAACGGUGUGCGGUUAAAGUGCCGAACAAUUGCAGUCGCAACGAUCCAACGAGGCGAUUUUCAACGCUACAGCCGCCACGUAGUCCAUCGGGCGGCUCGAGUAGUUCAUUGAUAUCUGAGGAUCAAUCGAAUUCCGGUUCUGGUUCGUCGCUGCAAGUACCACCCAGUACACGACAUAGUCGCUCACCAUCGUUGACGAGCCGAGGCAACAGUGCAACGGGUCGAUGUAAAAUUCCACACACAUUCGCCAUACAUUCGUAUACUCGGCCAACGGUAUGUCAAUUAUGUAAAAAAUUACUUCGUGGACUAUUUAAGCAGGGUGUCCAAUGCAAAGACUGUCAUUACAAUGCACAUAAGAAAUGUGUCGAUAAAGUGCCGAAAGAUUGUACGGGUGAAAAUGAGAUUGGCUCAAAUGACACAAACGAUAGCAGUAUUAGUAGCGAACGAGAUUCAUUCUAUCGUGACGAAUUUGAUGACAGUGAUCUGGACGACAACCCAUAUAAUAGCAAUAGUAAAGGUAACAAUGUGCCGCCGGUCAAAUUGAAUGGUUCAUCGACAUACCAUGAUUUGGAUAUCGAUUCACUCGAUAUUGAUGCGGAGCGUUCACGACAAUCCAGUUCAUCGUCAUCGCCAAGCGCGAACAUUCCACUCAUGCGAAUAGUUCAAUCGGUGAAACACACAAAACGGCGCAGCGGCCAGGCGAUCAAGGAGGGCUGGCUGGUUCACUUCACCAACAAAGAGAAACCAGUGAAACGCCACUACUGGCGCUUAGAUUCAAAAGCAAUAACUAUGUUUGUGUCCGAUCAAGGAAGCAAGUACUACAAAGAGAUUCCGUUGAAUGAGAUUUUGACCGUUGACACUGCCAGAAAUUUGUCUGGCAACGAGGCGCACUGUUUCCAAAUUCGAACAGCGAACAUUGACUAUUAUGUAGGUCAAGAUCCAUUACUUACGUAUAAAGCUGGCGAGCCAUUAGUUCUUCCACCACCCGACAGUGGCAUUGGAGCGCAUCUGGCAAAGAGCUGGGAGACAGCCAUUCGUCAAGCGAUGAUGCCAGUAACUAGAACGUCUUCCGAGGCCGAAGAAAAUGUGCAAGACAUUGGUAAGCUGUAUCAAAUAUUUGCCGAUGAAGUGCUGGGUUCCGGUCAAUUUGGUAUUGUGUAUGGUGGAUUGCACCGAAAAACGCAUCGUGAAGUGGCUAUAAAAGUGAUUGAUAAACUUCGUUUUCCAACUAAACAAGAAGCUCAACUGAAGAACGAAGUGGCCAUAUUACAAAACAUUUCUCAUUGCGGGGUCGUUAAUUUGGAGCGAAUGUUUGAAAAUCCCGAAAAAAUCUACGUCGUAAUGGAGAAGCUAAAGGGAGAUAUGCUGGAAAUGAUAUUGUCCAGCCAGCGUGGAAAGCUCAGCGAACGUGUUACGAAAUUUUUAAUAACUCAAAUUCUGGUUGCAUUGAAACAUUUGCAUAGCAAAAAUAUUGUUCACUGUGAUUUGAAGCCGGAAAAUGUGCUUUUAUCAUCUGAUGCCGAAUUUCCCCAAGUAAAAUUAUGCGACUUUGGGUUUGCCAGAAUAAUCGGCGAAAAAUCAUUUCGUCGGUCGGUUGUUGGAACGCCUGCUUAUCUGGCUCCGGAGGUGUUGAGAAACAAGGGCUACAAUCGAUCGCUCGAUAUGUGGAGCGUGGGCGUUAUAAUAUAUGUGAGCUUAAGUGGAACGUUUCCGUUCAAUGAAGACGAGGACAUCAAUGAUCAAAUACAGAAUGCUGCGUUCAUGUAUCCAUCGUCUCCGUGGAAGGAAAUUUCUAGUGAUGCUAUCGAUUUGAUCAACAAUCUGCUGCAAGUAAAGCAACGAAAACGGUUCACCGUCGACAAGAGUCUCUUGCAUACGUGGCUGCAAGAUCCGCAAACGUGGCAAGAUUUGCGACAACUCGAACGACAAGUGGGUAUAAGAUAUUUAACGCAUGAAUCGGACGAUGCACGAUGGGCAUUGGCCGGUCCUUGACCUAUUUCACCGAUUUCGCCGAGUACGUCACCGAAAUUGGAGGCUGUUCGCGGAAAGGCGCUGAAAUGGGUUCGAGGGCGACUCUGUCGCAUUGUUAAGGCCUAAUUAGUUUCCAGUUCAUGAAGACUACACCCAGCAACAACAAACAAAUUAUUAAGAAUUAAGGUAAACGUUUAGCAUGUUAAGAACGUAAUUACAAUUUACAAGAAACGAGAAAGAAAGAAAAAAACAUAAGAAAAUUGUGGUAGAUUUUGUUACAAAAAAAAAGGAAUUGACAAAACUGAGUAGUGAAAAAGAGUAAACAAAAAAAAAUAUUUUUUAAAAAUCUCAUUAUUAAGAUUUCUACUUUCAUGACUUUCAUAAUACUCUAUUUCUCUAGAUACUUUUCUCAUUAAGUAAAUGACAAACUUGUUUCUUAAAUUAAAUUUUUAUUUUGCGAAAAACAAAAUCUCUAAAACGGGAAUUGAUUCUCACAAUCCUUUCUAAAAUGAUUUGCAGACUUGUCUAGUUAGACCUGCAAAUUAGUGCAGAAAAAAUCUUGCUGGCCAUUUGGUGAACGAAACCCGUUUGCGUGCAUUAUAAUAUUUUGGCCGAAGCCAAACCUCUGAACAGGUCACCGUUAUCUGAAUCGGAUCUGAAAAUAUCUCUGACCCCGUUUUGACCUGAACCUGAUAUGAUCAAUUUUGACCUUACCUGACUCGACCUGAAAUCUUUUAAAAGUGAAAUCACGUUGCAUGUAUUAAAACCUGACAGGUUACCUAAAUAACUUGGAGGAAAAUUUCAGGUUCCCUGAAACCAUACCUGGUUCAGGCAAGAAAAGGUCAGGCCAAGCCGUCAUUCCGACCUAAAAACAAUUAGGUCUUUUCAAUUUUAAUGAUAAAAAAUUCGAAUUUUUCGAUGGGCAGACAUUGAACUUUCUGGUUAAACUGGCUUUUGACUACGGUCAACCUAUAUCGAACUUAAAAAUCUGAAAAUCGACAAAAGUGCUAGCGCUGCUGACGAAAAUUACCAGCAAAAAUGCUAACUUCAAACGUUAAUUAAAAAUCAGAGACAAAUCCAAAUUUAUGACUUCGUGUUUAUACCCUAAGCCAUUUACUUUCUUUGUACACUAUACCAUAUGCAUCUAAAGUCAGUAAGGGAAAUUUUACAGAAUACCAACAUCAAAUACGAUUCGAACAAUUUCUUAAUUUUUCAUUGCAAUUCGAUUUCUACUCGAAGGUGAGAUUAGUAUUUUUUUAGCGAUAGACCUCAAACAUGGGGUGUACGAUGUAAUUAAAUGAUUUGAGAUCGUUUCUGAUUUAUCAUUGAUUCAGAGUCGAUUUUUUAAAACAUCCUCUUGCACGCAAAACGCUAAAUACCGCUUGUCACGUAGAAUCUCCGAACUUCAAAGACUAGUCAGUCGAUCAGCGUUAGAGGACGGUGGUCCCGUCUUUAAAAAAAUUAAUUAUUAUCUCUAUUACACUGCUGUAUACUGCAUCUUGUACCUUAUUUACAAUUUUUAUUUAUAUUUUCGUGUUUCUCUUUUUUAUUUUUAUUUUGUUGUGUUUACAGUAUUUCAUAAAUACUUUUAUUUAUUAAAACUAUUUUUAAAUUUUAAGAGAUGAUGGUUCCAAUCGUUUUCGGCAAAAAAUGCACUACAAUUUUAGACAACGUCCGUAUUGGACGGAUUACGUUUUUGACUUAUAUAUUGUAAGAGGACGUAAAACAUGAAAAUUAUAAGUCCACUCUCCAUGAGACGAAAUGGCGACUUUAGUUUAUUUGUCGAUUUAUACCAGCCGCAGCCUGGUAAAAAGUGCCACAAAAACGUAGCCUUAAAUCUAUUGUCUUCUGAGAAGUGAGACUACGGUUUUAGUAUUUUCCGAGACGUUUCUCAUAACGUUUAAGUUUUACAUUUACUAUAAUUAUAAGUCAAACUGUCGCAAUUACUUAACUUUCCAUUCGAACAGUUGAAACCCUGCUCUCACGCAAACCAGAGCGUAGCUCCAUUAUUUCAACGAUUUACACACAGCAGCAGUUCUUAUUUUAAAAUAAUAAAUCCAUCCCACAUGACUAGACAGCGUUUGGUGCCUUCGAUUUUUGGUUUUACCUUUGCCGUUUUACAUUUCUUGCGCGGCGUUCGACUAUCCACAUAAUUAUUCCUCAUACGAAAGAGCCAAUUUUCAUUACUGAAUAAGCAUAAAUCGUCUCGUUGAAGUACUGUUUAGUUUGGCAGCUAAUUUUAAAAGCGUUAUUGUCUUUAUGAGUAAUUAUUAUGAUGUUGUCAGCGCACGUAUAUUUCCAAGUUGAAGUGAAAAUCGAAAUUUGGUCUCUUGAACAUCCGGGAUUUACAAGGAUUAAAACUAUUUUCAAUUAAUAGUAAUACAAUUUUUUUUAAUGAUUCGUUAAACUCUUCUUUAUCAAUGGUAUGUUGCUUUCCGCAUCCUGUCGACAUUGUUUAUUAUGAGUUGACCCUAUUGCUGAUCAUACGAUUUUACAAUGUACUUAUGACCAGGCUGCCAUUAAAUGACCAGGCUGCCAUUUUUAAUAUUCCUUCAACAGUGGUUACUUCAACAUCUUCAGCUCCUAAGGGAAUAUAAGGGCUCCGACCUCACCUGGGUUAAAAUUCAUAGUUGAACAUGGGGACAAUGUGUUAAUGAGGUUUUUGGUUAAUGUGUUAAUCUAUUUACAAUAUUAGGAAUAUUAGGAAAUAUGUGCGCCAGGUGAGCCAAAUAGUGUACUUUUGCUUUAUUUUUCUUUUCUUAGCUAAAUUUUGAAGAAUCAAAUUCGUUUAAAAUGCACUAAUUAACAAAAGUCUCAAUUUUAACUAUUAAUUAUAUUGGAAUCUCGAGUUAAACUCGUUCGCAGAACGAUUGGAACCGUCAUUAUUAGUGAUAACGAUAUUGUGUGGAAGACGCAAUUAAAACAUUCUACUUUUUGUAAUAAUUUUUUUUUAUACUUAUUGAUCUAAAUGUUGAAAACAUUCUAUUUUUUGUUCAAAAAUCAGCUUUGUUUUUAUCUUUUUGAAUCUAAAGGUAAUCUUUAUCAAUUAGUAUACUUCAUGGCACAUUUUAUACGUCAAAGUCACAAAUUUCUAAGAUGACAAAGAUAAACAGUCAUUAAAGGUCUGGUACCGAAAAACUUUUAAUUUUAAUUUUUGUGACUCGAUUCGGUUUUGUUUCUAUAUUGCCCAACAAUCAACAAUACAAAAACUAACUAGCAAAACAUCUUAACAUUUGAUAAUCAAUUAACUCUUUGUGUCCGAUCAUCCUUUCAUUUAAUUCUACGUUUCUAUAUGUUGCUAAUACCUUUCACAUUUUUUGGUAAAAAAUUGACAUUUGAAUGAAGACUUUUUGUGCAUUAUCCUCGGCACUGAAAGGAUUUUUUUAUCAGACCUGGAAAAUAUUUUUUUUUGUAAAUUUUAAGACACCGGGAUGUACAAAGUAAAACAUAUUUUCUAUUGUGCCAUUUUCACCUCACAUAGACGACAAAUUAUAUUCGACAACUCAUCUUCCAAGAAACAGGUUCGAAUAUUUGAUUGAGACUAAAUUCGCCAUAACCUAGAAUUGAUCAACGCUCAGCUUAAUGUUACCGAAUCUACCCUCACUUCUAAAAUUAUUACUUUUCACAAAUUACACAAACUGUUGGCAUCCGCACGGAAAAUUCGUGGAUUUCGUUAAAGGCUGUGUAAUUUAUAAUGUGGCUGCAGUUCUUAUAAUAUAGCUGCAAGACUUAUAAAAAUAUAGCUACUGAACGCAUAUCCUAUUAAUGUUGGUUAUUUACCUGCAAUGUGAGUUACACAACUAUAUUAUAGAUUACAGAGCUACAUUAUGCAUCGACAACACAUGUUAUAGCUAGGAUUUGCAUAUUGUGGCUGUGUACUCUAUAUCAUAGCUGUGUAACGCAUAUUUGACGUAUGAAAAAUAUAGCUGUGUGCUGCAUAUCAGAAAAUGUAUGGGACCAUGCAUUCAAGUUGUGAUUCGUACUGACGCUUGGUCGGACUCAAUGUUAACAGAUAAAGAAAAAUCGUAAAAUAGCUUGGCUGAUUUUAAUAAAGCUUGAUUGUCAGGUUAUAGAAAUACCUCUUCAAUAGUCAAAAUCCGUGGAAACACAGACGAAUGAAAGUAUAUAUCCGUAUAUAUCAGAAAUCUCAUGCAUUAGAAACGAAUUAAGCCAAGUAACUGCUCCCAAAUGUCAAACUAGGAAUUUCACAGAAAACAAUUGAAUAGGCGAUUCUUCAUGCAGGCAGUCUCAAUUCACUUUCUUUCAGAACCUGAAACAAUGCUCCAAUGACAACUCACUAAAGUAAAAAUGCUAAAUAUGAAUACUACAGACUUGAAUUAGGCUGUGUGCCUUAUAAUAUAGAUGCAGAAUUUAUAUUGCGGUAACAACGCUUCGAAAUAAUGACGUGUUAAAGCACAAGCAAAAUUAGCACAACAGCAUCAUAGGUGACGGUCGGAUUCUCAGGUUAAGCAUCAAUGGGCGCGGUUAGUACUUGGAUGGGUGACCGCAAAAUUCAUGAAAGUUUAGGAAAAAAUUUUAUUUCUCGAGAUAGAUUUGAAACGCGUCUCACAGCUAUAAUAUAAGUUACACAGCUAUUUUAACUACAGUCUUCGCAAUAUGCAUUACACAGCUAUAUGCCAAAAAAUGGGGGUGCUAAGUCCACUUAUAGAUCUCACACGCAUAUUGGGAUUUUCCGUGCGGUUAAAAUUGUGCUGGUAUCAGCAUUCAUUUCUUAAUUGUGAGUACUAAGAACUUGAGUAGAAUGCCAAAUAUAUUACACCUGAAAGAGAAUAUUUAGCUCAGCAAAACUCUUGACGGGUUAUUUAUCUCAAUUCUAAAAAUACACUAUCAAGUCAAGAUCCCUAGUGCAUGGUCAAUUCAAUUUAAAUAUUGUGACUCGCUAUUUUACAACUAACAAACUAACUCAACAUUGGUUCGAUUCUUCUCGUAAGCGCAAACUGAAAAUUUGUUUAGAACGAUAAUAAUAUUCUAAAUGCUGUCAAAACGCAAUCUGAGUCUGAGUCUAUAAAUAAAUCAUAUAUCAAAUUGUUAUUUAGUGAAUACAGAACAGUUUUUGUUAUUGUAAUAAUCGAUGCAAAAUCUAAACAUUCCUGUGCACACAAAUUGUCGGCUAAAAAUGCAACGAAAAACAAUAGUUAUUUACACAAUAAGAGAGGAAGUAGUUCUUUGCUGGUCUGCAGCCGAAACCGAGUGCAGGGGCUGCAAACUCGUAAAAAACGUACUAUCUCCGUUUGCAUACUAUGGAAUGCGUAAGCUUAAGUUUAUGCUCCUUUGAGGCUGAUAGCGGAAAGAGUUACUGACGCUCCUUGAUAUGCA